UAUAGUGGUAGUGACACCAUAGAAGAGCCACUGUGAUAAUUAGUUAAAAUACUUGAUAUAUAUAAAAAAGGUCCUAUGGAAACUUCCACAGAUCAACAGCCUAAUCAAAAUGUUCCUGAUGAUACGAAACCACCUAUUACAGGAUGUGCACAUUAUAAACGUAAAUCAAAAUUUGUGACUCCGUGCUGUAAUAAAGUUUAUACGUGUCGUUUUUGUCAUGAUGAAAAUGAAGAUCAUACAGUGAAUCGGAAAGAAGUGACCGAACUGGUUUGUACAAAUUGUAAUAUUCGUCAACCGGUCCAAGCGGAAUGCCAGUAUUGUGGUAUUAGAUUUGGCAAGUACACUUGCCUAGAAUGUAAUUUAUUCGACGAUGAAGACAAGAAUCAAUAUCAUUGCGAUGGUUGUGGUAUAUGUCGAAUUGGUGGAGGAGAUAGAUUUUUCCACUGUCCAAAAUGUAACAUGUGUUUACCAUUACAACUGAAAAAUGGACACCGUUGUGUGGAAAAUGUAUCUCGAGCUAAUUGUCCAGUAUGCUUAGAAAACAUUCAUACGUCAAGGAUACCAUGCCAUAUUCCCGAUUGUGGACAUCUAUUACAUAAAACAUGUUUUGAACAAUUAUUAGAAUCUGGUCAUUAUGCCUGUCCAAUAUGUCAAACAUCAUUAUUGGAUAUGACGCAGCUAUGGAAAUAUUUAGAUCGUGAAGUGGCGAUGACGCCGAUGCCAGUCGAAUAUAGAAAUUAUAAAGUUGAAAUUUUAUGUAAAGACUGUCAUAAGGUUAGUCAAGUGAAGUUUCAUGUAGUCGGUUUGAAGUGUCUACAUUGUGGCUCAUACAACACAUGUCGAAUUAAAGGAUCUGGAAUAAAUGUACCCACAUCGCUAACAUCGCCUCAAACACCUUCACCAAAUCAAAAUAACGGUAGUGCUAAUAAUGAUACCAAUGGCGAUGACUCAAUUAGUAUCGGUGAAGGCACCGAGGAAGAAUCUGAUGCCGAAGAAAGUGAGAAUAACCGUACCGAAACGAUGCACACAUCACGAGUUCGGCAGCUUUUUCAAAAUUUACUACCGGUUGCACGUGGUCUGCUUAGCAGUCGUAAUAGUGACUCUAAUGGUGGAAGUCUUGAUAUUAAUCUUGAUGACGAUGAUAACGUUAGCAUGAUCACUCAUCAUUCAACUGGAAGUGCGCAAGUCGACAGUAAUUUAGACGAUUCAGAUGUUUCUGGAGUCUCUUCUUCACAUGUAAACGCAAGGAAUAUAGAUGAAUAUCUUUACUCCUUGGCGGAUGUGUCAUCUUCAACAAAUGAACAUAAUAUUGAUGACUUGGAGAACGAAAGUGGAGAAGAAAAUGAUACAGGACCGUAAUCAUGUAUUUUAAAUUUUUGUAUCAAAUUUUGUUAGCGUCCUAUGUUUUUGUGAGUAAAAAAUUAUCUUGGAAAAUUAUAUGCAAAAUUAAAAAUGUUUGAAAUGUAUUUUCUUUUCGGGACAGAAUUUAUUUUGUGUAUUUUUCAAGGGCAGUGAUUUAAUUGUUUCCUUUAUGAGAGAUGAAUUUCGUUUUAGGAUAGUUUCGAACAAAAAAUCAUAAAAGUAAUGGGUGCAUCCACAAAAACUCGAUUCAAGUUUCGCCCCUGUAUGGUAUUAAAUCAAUACCCCUUUUAAAGUUUUUAAUUAAAUUCGAUUCAGGAGGCUAUUUUACGAAUUACUAAGGUUUUAAGUGCUUUUGAAUGAACCCAAUGUUUGAUUAAGUACAGUAACGGUGCUGUUUAGAUGUUAGAGGCGAUACCGAGAAAGAACAGUAAGAAACUAUAUUAGUUUAUAUAAGAAAAGUUCUUCGAUUUUAGUCCCCUCAAAUUAACGAAUUCUAUUACAUCGAUAAAAUACUAAUUUUUAAGGAUCUCGGGUACGAAGAAUUUGUAUACGUACUUUGUUACUUGAAUGUCAUUUUCUCGGUAUCACCAUCUACCGUUAAAUGUUCGAAAUGCGGGUGUGUAUUUUUAGGAAUUUCUUUUUACUUUGAAGCAGAAGUUUUGUUUUCAAUUUUCAAAUAUAUUUUUUAUCCGCUCACUUGUAUCGAACCAAUUACAAGUUUGAAUUUUAAAGACCCUUAAUUUAAGAAUUUUAAUUUUU